UCUCUCUCUCUCUCUUUCUCCCAAGAGAACACUACUCUUUUCUUCUUCUCCUUACAAAUUUCAACCCCAAAAUCACAGUUGGAAUCGUCUCCCGAUUCUGGGUUUUGGGGCCCUUGCUCUGAUCUCAAAAGGGUUUUAGUUUUUUUUCUUUGUUUGGGGUUGUAUGAAAUCGGAGAGUUGAGAAUGGAAGUGGGGAGGAGGAUAUCGGCGAGUCCUCGGCCGUGCUCCGGCCGGCGAGUGUUGGCGAAGAAGAAGAGGGCCGCCGGGGAUGGGUUCGUCAACAGCGUUAAGAAGCUUCAGAGGCGUGAGAUUUCUUCCAAGCGUGAUCGAGCUUUUGGGAUGAGCAAUGCCCAAGAGAGAUUCCGCAACAUGCACUUGAUGGAGGAAUAUGAUACUCAUGAUCCCAAGGGUCAUUCGACCCCCAAAUUGCCUUUUUUGUUGAAGAGGACAAAGGUCAUUGAGAUAGUUGCAGCACGUGACAUAGUCUUCGCUCUUGCACACUCUGGUGUAUGUGCAGCUUUUAGCAGAGAUACAAAUCAGAGGAUCUGUUUCUUAAAUGUUAGUCCUGAUGAAGUCAUCCGAAGCUUGUUCUAUAACAAGAACAAUGAUUCGCUCAUCACAGUUUCAGUCUAUGCUUCGGACAACUUCAGCUCUUUGAAAUGCAGAUCUACAAGGAUUGAGUAUAUAAGGAGGGGCCAGCCAGAUGCUGGUUUUGCUCUUUUUGAGUCCGAGUCCUUGAAGUGGCCUGGGUUUGUAGAGUUUGAUGAUGUUAAUGGCAAGGUCUUAACAUACUCUGCACAAGAUAGUAUAUAUAAGGUGUUUGACCUUAAAAAUUAUACCAUGCUUUACUCUAUAUCAGACAAAAAUGUACAAGAAAUCAAGAUCAGUCCAGGUAUCAUGCUACUGAUUUACAAUAGAGCUAGUAGCCAUGUUCCAUUGAAGAUUCUGUCAAUAGAAGACGGCACAGUUCUCAAAGACUUCAAUCAUCUGCUUCAUCGAAACAAGAAGGUGGAUUUCAUAGAACAAUUCAACGAAAAGCUUCUCGUUAAGCAAGAAAAUGAGAAUCUUCAGAUUCUUGAUGUGCGAAAUGCGGAGCAGAUGGAAGUUAACAGAGCCGAGUUCAUGACUCCAUCAGCAUUUAUCUUUCUGUAUGAGAACCAGCUAUUUCUGACAUUCAGAAAUAGGACUGUAGCUGUCUGGAACUUUCGUGGAGAACUUGUAACUUCAUUCGAGGAUCACUUGUUGUGGCAUCCUGACUGCAAUACCAAUAACAUUUAUAUAACAAGUGAUCAAGAUUUGAUCAUAUCGUACUGCAAGGCUGAUUCUGAUGACCAUUGGUCGGAACCAAAUGCUGGUUCUAUUCAUGUGAGCAAUAUCUUAACCGGAAAGUGCCUAGCCAAAAUAAAUGCUAGCAAUGCCGGUCCCAAGGUUGAUGAGUGUAGCAGCAGUUCUAGCACCUCAAGAAAACAGAUAAACUCAUCUGUGGUGAGGAGCACUGUUGCUGAGGCCUUGGAAGACAUAACUGCCCUUUUCUAUGAUGAAGAGCGCAAUGAGAUAUAUACUGGAAACAGGCAUGGUCUUGUUCAUGUGUGGUCAAACUGAAGGUCAGAUCUUUACUUGGCCUUUUGGGGAUAUGAAGCUGCUGUUUAGGGAAAUAGUUUAUUAUAGAAGUUUAGUGCCUGCAUGUGGGAAAUCUUCAAGCUCCCUGUAUACCUUUAGAUCCCUUGCCUUGUAACAUUAUAUGAUUCUGAAUUGUCAAUCUAGGGUUCUGGUCUUGUGGAUGUAUGUCUUCUCUUUCGUAAUACAGGCUGCUUGCUCAAUGUUCAACUCAAGUGCUUUUGUUGCGAGUAUCCAAGAAUCUUGCAAGAACUCGUGAUAUCAUCUGUCUCAAAA